GUACUCAUUUGGACGCGCCCCUCCCCUUUUCUUCCGCUCAUUCUCGUAUAUCGUAUACUCCAGACCCUCCAGACUCGUAUGUGCCUGUUGCACGCACGAGCCUGUCCGUGUCCGACUACUUGGCAGCCUCGGUCGCCACCCCACUCGCCAGUUGGUAUUUGUGACUCGGAAGAUCACUCGCAUCAUUGCAGCGUAGCACCCACGGUGUUAUCUCCGUCUCUCUCUUGGCCGCACACACUCAUCGCGCGUUGCUCAUCGCGUCAAACGCGUUUGUGCUCGUUCGUUCAUUUUUUUUCCUUUCCCCUUUCCUUUUCUCUCUUCUCUUCCAUCCCGUAAGAUUUUUACUAUAUACUAUGCUCGCGGCGAGUAAGAGUACGAGAGACCUUGGAGAUUUUUUUGACUACUGAACCGAGCUAAACUACCGGCGCGUAUAUCGGGAACUUUAUUCUUAAAAUUCGCAUCGUUUCCUUUAUAUCAAUUCACGACAUGAGUGUGGCCGAACCUCUAACUCCUGGUUGCUGGAAAAGAAGAGGAUCCGAAGGAGAAGAUGAUUCUAAUUCUACCAUCAAAAAAGCAAAGUACUCCUGGUACGUCACCCUUGAGAGUGAAUCUCCGCAACCAACCUCUUCUGACGAAGAUGAGUCAAUUUACAGCAUACAGGCACAAGAGACGGAAUAUGCACGAGACACUUCGGACACUUCGACUAGUACUUGGAUCAGUUCUGGAGAAGAUGCUGUUGAAGAAUAUGAGCCGGUAUCUCUCUCUGCAGAUGAAAACCCGUUCAUUGAUUGCUUGUCAUCUUCUGAUCCGGAGUUGCAGAUAUCGCAACAUAUCGCGGGAUACGUUGGGGCGAUUGCAGCGGCAGCAGCGAUGUGCGAUUCGGAUGUCGAUCUCGCCGACGAUAGCGAUGACUCUUUGACUUCAAGAGACAGCGAAAUAAGCCACGCUGAUUACUGGACCUGUGUUCAAUGCAACAACAAGAAUAACAAACCGUUGUUCCGUUAUUGCGAGAAAUGUUAUCGGGUACGAAAGCUGUUCCUUCCUCCCCGUCCAAAAGGCAAAAAACGUAGAAAAGAGAUAAAAAAAAGAUGGUCACGUCGAAGUCGCGCUCUCGAGGGAGGUGGAGAUUCUUUAGUGUCUCAAGAUUCGGGGCUCGGUUCGAGCCUCGGAAGCCAACCACCAAAUUCGCCACAACCAUGCUCUUCAUGGCAGUCGGAAAAUCUUCCUGAAAAAUCACUGAAACCCAGCAAAGAAGCGAGUGAAAAAUUUGGCUCCGAAGUCGAGUUUAGCCACGCGAGUCAAGAAUCUCAGGAGAGCAUUGCCACGACGGUUUCGGUUUCGAAUCUCUCUGACAGCAGCGAUGACGAUGUCGCUAAUAGCAAUGCUGAUUUUGCUGAAAAAAUUCGGCAAGCGACGUUGAAAACGCAGUCCGUUAACGACGAAAACAACAAACAUUGCCUUAUUUGUACAGUCGGACCAAAAAAUAGUAUUUUCGUACACGGACGCGAUUCUCACAUUUGUUGCUGUUAUCGCUGUGCUAUUAAAGUAUGGAAAACUACCAAACAUUGCCCGAUAUGCAAACGGAAAGUUACGGACGUUAUAAAAGCUUAUUACGCUUAAGAUUUUCGCGCAUUUACCUUUCUUGCCGAAAAUUCAAUUCCCAGAAACUUCGGUCGUUUUUGGCAUAUUAGAAAUGUUGAUUUUCUAUAAUAAAGAUGCCAAAACGUUAUCGACGGGUCAGUUAAAAGUAGAAUCGUGUCAUUCGUAAUCAGAAGUUUCAUUUAACGUGCUAAGACAUCUGUUUAUCAUUCUGAAUACGUCUUUUCAGAUGUUUUUUCUUAAAAAUUCUAGAAAAUUGAUGAAAAAUUCAGAAUUGUAGAUUUUUCGUAAAGAAAAAAUUCAUUUUAUUUGCGUUCAACGAUGUUAUAUUUUUUACAAUGGUUGUUGAUAACUUUUCGGUAUUUUUUUACUACUGAGAAUCAACUUUCCUGAUUUUUCGAAAUUUGCUCAAUUUUUACGGAUCAAAGUCGAUCUAUUAAGAACCAGAAUUCAGUGAAAUACAAAUGUUGGCUCGGGGCACGAGUAAAACAUUCUCACCUGUGAAAAAUGUCAAAAAUCAAACAAUGAGCUUACCCCGUUUUUUAAAACCAUAUACAAAUAAGGUGAAAGUGGAAAGACCUGUGUUUCCGUACAUCGUUUAUUACAGGGGAUUGAAAAAGUGUUGGCUAUGGUCGUGUAAAUAAAAACGUAGAAUAUUUAAAAUUACAA